AUGGAAUAUUUGGGAGAUGUCAGAGAGUACCAGUAAUAGACAUCUAUAAAUAUGACAUUUCACCCCCUGUUCUUCAGCGCCUGAGGAUCAUCCUGGAGAAGCUCUCACACAGAGGUUUUACCUGGCGAGAUGAUUAUACACAGCAUGUUAUUGGUCAGGAACUCUCAACCAUUCACAAAAUCCACAACAGACGCCCUGAUAUACUUGCAUCUGAAGAAUCUGACACAGGAAGGACUUUGGGACAGAAUGCAGAUAAUGAAAGAAAUUACAAUCUGGAAAAUGAUGUGAACUUGGCCAAGUCUCUUCAGCAAUAUCUUAAAUAUCUCAGUAUUCUCUCCCAGUCUGCAGCUACAAAUUUGUAUCCAAGGAAGACAAAUGACAAAGCUUCUGUCAAGAGCUACAUCUAUAAUGAUCCUAUCAGGUACUACAUGAUGCAAAAACCCAAAGAGCGAGCACCUCCUUUGGCCCAUGCAUCAGCAUCCCAUCAACAGCACGCUGAAAAUCUCCAUGGGAGGACCUUCAGCCAGCCUCAGCCAGACAAGUUCUCGACAGAGUCAGAAAUGGGGCUUGACCAAAAAACUUUGAUGGCUGCACUGCAUACGUACAUCACUCAGAACUUGUCAGCGCAAAGCAAUGAUAAAAGCUCUCACAGCAGGACUAAAGGGUCUCACCUUUAUGCUGACAGAUUCUACUCCUCGCAAGUCAGUCCUUUUGAUGGAACUUUUGCCAAAGGAAAAGCAGAAGAUUUUAAAAUGAAGAAGCUGUUCCAGCCAAGACCUGCAUCUGGAGUGCUGGGGCCAACCCCUGAAAUGCUGAAUCAUAAAUCUGCUUCCCAGAAAGAUCCAAAGGACCCUCUGAGUGUAGUGGAUGAGACACUUAUUAAAGAUGUGUUGAAAAACCUAGAGAAACACCAGGUGAAUGUGGAGAAUCUCAGCUCAACAGAACUGGAUGAGAUUGCUGAUACUAUCGCCAAUGCAAUUGAAACUGUUGGCAUUCAGGAAGAAACGGAGGAGGGUGCUGGAAAAACUAGAGAAGACAAAACAGAAGCACAAAUUGAAAAAGGAGGUGCUCAAGGAAGGGCAGAGAUUCAGACUGGAUUCAUGGAAAACAGUGUUAACAUACCAGACAAUGGAGUGCAUGAAGCCAGUGCAAGAACUGAUAAAGAGGAGAACACUGCAAAACUAGUUAACUUCUUGAAUGAGAAUGUAUUUCCCGAAAAUAUGCCGACAGACCUUAUACCUGAAGAACCUACUAAGACAGAAACCAAGAAAUCUGAAGACAUUGACUCUGCUUCCUCAGAAGAAAGAAAUGCUGGUGUGGAAAAUGUAAAAAGUGAGACUUUCUCAAGGGAACUGACAGCUGCAAAGAACAGUGACUCUGACUCCAAAGACCCGAGCGAGACCAGCUACUGGAUUAAGAACCCUUUAAUGCAGGAUGGAAAUGGCUAUGAAGAGCCUCAGAAAAAUAUGGGACAAGGCUUACAACUUGAAGUGAAGUCUUCUGAGGAGAAAGAAUACGGCUAUAUUGUGACAGAGAAAGA